AUGGAGUUCUGGAAAACAGUGGUUAAACCAGAUACUACCCCCACAGAUGAGGAGGGAAAAUUGAGAUACAAUGCAGAGCGACUAGUAGGUUCGGCAAUUGUCCAGGAAUACCAUGUAAUGAUCCAAGAAGGGCUUGAAUAUUCUUAUAUGACAAAUGGUUUGGCACUGGUCCUUCUUUGUGUCCCAUAUGACAAUCCGAGCACUCUUCUUUAUUAUCUGUGUGAGCCCAAUUUGGACGUGAACAUGGAGGAUGACCAGAGUUUCCAGCAGCCAAAAACCACCAUUGCCAGGGUGUUAUGCCUUUGCUUGAUGAGUUUUCGUUCGCAUCCUCGUGACCAGGAAUGGCGGAAUGCAGCAUGA